UGAGCUCACGCCAAGCCACCAAGCCGCCUGCCCUCUUCCCCCUCGUGACCAAUAAACCACGAAAAAUCUGAGUUGUGCCGAAACCCCAUUUGGAAAUUGGAACGAGGGGAAACCGACCCUCAAUCCUCUCUUAUAUAUUUCCAAUCAAAUCGGAAACUUGAGAAGUAAAUCAAGAAACCAAGAGAAAAAUUUUCAGCGACACAGCUGCGUAUUACUUGGAUCGAAGUUCUUGCUCAUCAGUCAGUGGUGGAGGAUACGAGUUGUGGUCGUCUUUCGUAUCAGAGUAUGAGCUUUCCAUCCCGAAACGAUCACAGGGAUAGGACUAGUAGAUUCCCCAACCAACAUGCUCGCCAAACAUGGGUUCCUAGAGGAUCUGGUUCUAAUGCUGUUGUGAACCCACCAUCAAGCUUCGGUUCACCUCCAAAUGGAAUUGGCGGUGGACACACCAAUCAUACAUCUGCUCCACCCAGUCCUAGGCAUAGUGGAAAUAGCAAUGCCUCUCGGGGUCGCAAGCCUUGGCCUACUAAUCACAGGAGAGACAGGGAGAAAGAGAGGGACAGGAGCCAUACACAUGAGGUUAAGGACUUGAAAGACCCCAAUUUGCCCCAGCUCGUGCAGGAAAUUAAGGACAAGCUUGUGAAGGGUACUGUUGAGUGUAUGAUCUGUUAUGAUAUGGUCCGGAGGUCUGCAUCUAUUUGGUCUUGCUCAAGCUGUUAUUCUAUUUUUCAUUUGAAUUGCAUCAAGAAAUGGGCUCGUGCUCCAACUUCUAUUGAUUUGUCAGCUGAGAAGAGUCAGGGGUUUAAUUGGCGAUGCCCAGGUUGUCAGUCUGUGCAGCUCACAUCCUUGAAGGAGAUAAAGUAUGUUUGUUUUUGUGGAAAGAGGACUGAACCACCUUCUGAUUUGUAUUUGACCCCUCAUUCCUGUGGUGAACCAUGUGGAAAGCCACUUGAGAGGAGAGUUCCAGGUGCAGGUGAAAACAAGGAGGAUCUUUGUCCCCAUGUUUGUGUUCUGCAAUGCCACCCAGGUCCAUGCCCUCCUUGUAAAGCAUUUGCUCCACCACGGGUGUGUCCUUGUGGGAAGAAAAUAAUCACAACAAGAUGCUCUGAUCGGAUGUCUGUUCUUACUUGUGGUCAACAUUGUGAUAAGCUUCUUGAAUGUUGGCGUCAUCGAUGUGAGAAGAUAUGCCAUGUGGGUUCUUGUGAUCCUUGUCAGGUUUUAGUCUCUGCUUCAUGUUUUUGCAAGAAAAAAGUGGAGACUGUCCUAUGUGGAGAUAUGGCUGUAAAAGGAGAGGUGAAAGCUGAAGAUGGUGUUUUCUCUUGUAAUUUGACAUGCAAGAAGAUGUUGGCUUGUGGAAAUCAUGAGUGUAGCAACACUUGUCAUCCAGGUCCUUGUGGGGAUUGUGACUUGAUGCCAGGCAGGGUGAAGUCGUGCUAUUGUGGGAAAACAAGUUUGCAGUUGGAAAGAAAGAGUUGUUUGGAUCCUAUUCCGAAUUGUGAUCAAAUAUGUGGCAAACCCCUUGCUUGCAGGAUACACCACUGUAAGGAGGUUUGCCAUGCUGGGGAUUGUCCACCGUGUUUGGUUCUUGUCACCCAAAAAUGCCGAUGUGGAUCGACUUCUCGAACUGUGGAAUGCUUCAAAACAAGUUCAGAGAAUGAAAAGUUUGCAUGUGAGAAGCCUUGUGGCCGAAAGAAGAAUUGUGGGAGGCACCGCUGUAGUGAAAGGUGUUGUCCUAUUUCCAAUCUUCACAAUCUUCUCACUGGUGAUUGGGAUCCGCACUUCUGUCAGAUGGCUUGUGGAAAGAAAUUAAGGUGUGGACAACAUUCUUGUGAGUCAUUGUGUCAUACUGGCCAUUGUCCGCCUUGCCUUGAGACAAUUUUCACUGAUUUGAGCUGUGCAUGUGGGAGAACUUCAAUACCUCCUCCUUUGCCCUGUGGCACACCUCCUCCUUCAUGUCAACUCCCAUGUUCAGUUCCUCAACCUUGUGGUCAUUCAGCAUCUCAUAGCUGCCACUUUGGAGAUUGCCCACCUUGUUCUGUCCCUAUUGCAAAGGAGUGUGUUGGUGGACAUGUUGUUCUUGGGAACAUUCCUUGUGGAUCAAAGGAUAUUAGAUGCAACAAACUUUGUGGUAAGACUAGGCAGUGUGGUCUGCAUGCAUGUGGCAGAACUUGUCACCCACCACCUUGUGAUACUUCUUCGUCUGGAAUUGAAGCAGGUCCAAGAGCUUCUUGUGGGCAGACAUGUGGUGCCCCUAGAAGAGAUUGCAGACACACUUGCACUGCACUUUGUCAUCCUUCCUCUCCUUGUCCUGAUGUGAGAUGUGAGUUCCCUGUCACAAUUACUUGUUCCUGUGGCAGGAUAACAGCAUCUGUUCCUUGUGAUGCUGGAGGGAGCAACAGUGGUUUUAAUGCUGAUACUGUCUUUGAAGCAUCCAUUGUCCAAAAGUUGCCUGUACCACUUCAGCCAGUGGAAUCAACUGGCAAGAAAAUUCCACUUGGCCAGAGGAAGCUCGUUUGUGAUGAUGAAUGUGCUAAAUUGGAGCGCAAAAGGGUUCUUGCUGAUGCAUUUGACAUCACUCCAAACUUGGAAGCUCUUCAUUUUGGUGAGAAUUCUGCUGUGACAGAGCUGCUCUCAGACCUAUACAGACGGGAUCCAAAGUGGGUGCUUGCAGUGGAGGAAAGGUGCAAGUACUUGGUACUCGGCAAGAACAGAGGAUCAAUUAAUGGUCUCAAGCUUCAUGUGUUCUGCCCUAUGCUAAAGGAUAAGAGAGAUGCAGUUAGGUUGAUUGCUGAUAGGUGGAAGCUUGCUGUUUAUGCUGCUGGUUGGGAGCCAAAGCGUUUCAUUGUGGUGCAUGUUACCCCCAAAUCCAAAACACCAUCACGUGUGAUCGGGGUUAAGGGUACCACCACUUUAACCGCUCCCCAUCCACCUGCAUUUGAUCCUUUAGUAGACAUGGAUCCCAGGCUAGUUGUUUCUUUUUUAGAUUUGCCAAGGGAGGCAGAUAUAAGUUCAUUAGUGCUCAGAUUUGGUGGGGAAUGUGAAUUAGUUUGGUUGAAUGAUAAGAAUGCACUGGCUGUAUUUAAUGAUCCUGCUCGCGCGGCAACUGCGAUGCGAAGGUUGGAUCACGGAUCAGUAUAUCAAGGGGCAGUUGUGGUUCUUCAAAGUGGUGGUGCAUCAAACGCACCAGCUAAUCCUUGGGGAGGGACAGGGAAUACCAAAGGUGGAGCAGUAGCAGCUUUGAAGCCAUGGAAAAAGGCUGUAGUUCCGGAGCAUGGUUGGAGGGAAGAUUCAUGGGGCAGUGAAGAGUGGUCUCAUGGAUCUGUAGAUGUGCAGGCUUCUGCAUGGAAGGGAAAAGAAGCUCCUAUUACUGCUACAAUUAAUCGGUGGAGUGCCUUAGAUUCUGAAUCGACUUCCAGGACAUCUGCCACAUCUGUUAGGAUUGAAGAUCCUGCAAAACUUGCAGCUAAUUCAAGAAUGGAAUUAAAUCCAAGCAUUUCCACUUCAUCUGAGCUGCCUGGAGGAGCUUCAAGUCAAGCAGAGCUGUCUGAAGUUGUGGAUGAUUGGGAGAAAGCUUAUGACACUGAGAAUAUACAAUAGGUUAAUAGGAUUUUGGAAUAUGGAAGACAAGUGCCGCAUUUGGUCUGCAACUGUUAUGUUCUAAUAUUUUUUUGUUUAAUUCAACUAUCUCGCCAUCCCUUUUU